AUGAUGGCACCAAGAGUUAUCAGAGGCCAAGGAGCAUCAGAAGACAUCAAAAAACGAACAUCAUCUGUCGAUUCUGGUAAGCAUCCAUUGCAGAACUCUUGGACGUUGUGGUUUCACAAGACAGAGAGAUCUAGAUCAUGGGACGAGAAUUUGAGACCUGUAAUUAAUUUCCAUACCGUUGAGGAUUUCUGGGGAGUGUUCACACACGUGAAGCCAGCUAGCCAACUAUCCGAUGGUUGUGAUUAUUGUGUUUUCAAAGAAGGCAUAGCCCCAAUGUGGGAAGAUAAAGCUAAUCGAAGAGGUGGAAGGUGGGUUAUGAAAUUACCACGGGCUGACAGAUCCAGUAAACUGGACACCUUGUGGGAAGAAACACUAAUAGCAAUGAUCGGAGAAGACUUCUUUAAUCACGGAGCAGAUGUCUGUGGAGCUGUUAUUAAUAUUCGUUCUGGCUUCGACAAGAUUUCUAUCUGGACCAAAGAUGCCAGAAACAAGCAGAGUAUACUUGCGAUUGGAUGGAAAUUAAAAGAAUGCUUGGGCUUGGGACCAAGUAUUCCACUUGCUUACCAGGCUCACGUGGAUACAAUCAUGAAACAACGUCCUUAUGGUAAGAACGACAAUUAA